UUAGUGCUGAGUUAAUGAACACACCUUGAGCACCUGACCAUUAGCAGCUAUUACUGAGCACAGGAACAAAGGGAGAUAUAUACAGGCGACAAGUUAGAAGGGAGCAGUAGAGAAAGUUUGUUUUGAGGUGGGAAGAAAUCUUUAAAAGAUGGAGGAACAGGAGAAGUCCUCCUGGAGAAUGGGACUGCUAAAGACUUUUGAUUCAGAUGAGUUUAUGAGCUGGGAAAAGAUUGGAUCUGGUGGAUUUGGACAGGUUUACAAGAUUCGUCACGUUAACUGGAAAACAUGGCUGGCCAUCAAAUGUCCUCCAAGUCUCCAUGUAGAUGAGAAAGAGAAUGCAGAGCUGCUAGACGAAGCUAAGAAGAUGGAAAUGGCAAAAUUCCGCUACAUACUCCCAGUGUAUGGGAUCUGCAAGGAUCCAGUGGGGUUAGUCAUGGAAUAUAUGGAGACUGGAUCUCUGGAAAAACUGUUGGCCUCGGAAGUGUUACCAUGGGAACUGCGUUUCCGUAUCAUCCAUGAGACAGCAGUGGGCAUGAAUUUUCUACACUGCAUGUCCCCGCCCUUGUUACAUCUUGAUCUGAAACCUGCAAACAUACUACUGGAUGCACACCAUCAUGUCAAGAUUUCAGACUUUGGAUUAGCGAGAUGGAAUGGAUUGUCUAAUACACAAGACAUCAGUUUGGAUGGCUUCUGUGGUACAAUUGCAUACCUUCCUCCAGAGCGUCUACGCCAGAAGAAGAAUUCUGACAUUAAGCAUGAUGUAUACAGCUUUUCCAUUGUCAUCUGGGGAAUUCUAACACAGAAGAAGCCUUUUGCAGCUGAAACAAAUAUUCUACAUAUUAUGGUCAAAGUAGUGAGCGGUCUUCGUCCUGAUCUGUCUGCGAUUCCUAAAUCAAGACCACCAGCAUGCAAGGGCCUGUUAAAGUUAAUGCAGCGAUGUUGGAAGGAGGCUCCCAGUGACCGCCCAACAUUUCAAGAGAUCACUUCAGAAACUGAAGAACUUAGCACCAAGCCGCAAGAGAUAGCACAAGAGAAACCACGAGAGCAGCCUGUGAGUUCUGGCCAAUCUCAUGAGGCAAGCAAAAAGGAUCCACCAGUAGCAGUUGAGCAGCCAGUUCAGAAUCAGCAAUACAAACGGACCUCUGACUGUGACGAAUGCAGCCUUUCGCAGCUACUGUCUCAGCUGGACUCGGGCUUUGAAUCAGCUGGGAACGAAUGCCCAGCAAAUGGUGAAAUAGCUGACAGCAAGAAGAGACUGUCAGGGAUCUCAUCCAUUGACUCUGCGUUCUCAUCCCAAGGAUCCAUAUCAUUGUCUUUUGGAAAGGAAGCUGGAGGGAUUGAACAAUCCAUGUCAGAUGUUCCAAAGAAGAAGCUCUAUGAAGCCAUUGUGUCUGGGGACAUUGGAAAGUUGAUGAAGCUCCUGCAGCCUCAAGAUGUGGACCUGAUCUUGGACGAUGGCAUGAGCCUCCUGCAUUAUGCCGUUCAACUGGGCAACGAGGAAGCUGUGCGGUUGUUGCUUUUGUACAACGCCAACCCGAAUGUACCUAACAAACGGGGGUCCACGCCACUUCACCUGGCUGCAGAGAAGAACUUGAAGGUUAUCGCCGAGCUGCUCCUGGGAAAGAAGGCAAACAUAAACGCCAAGGAUGAAGACCACUGGACUCCACUCCACUUUGUCGCGCAGAGCGGUGAAGAAACCCUUUUGCGGUUGCUACUGGACAGGAAUGCUUCAACUAAUGAGGUGGACUUUGAAGGCCGAACAGCACUGCAUGUUGCUUGCCAGCACAGCCAUGAAAAUAUAGUGCGUGUUCUUUUGAGCCGCGGGGCUAAUGCCCAAGCCAAAGGGAAGGACAACUGGACGCCUUUGCAUUUUGCUGCAUGGCAAGGCCACCACACCAUCACAAAGCUUCUCAUCAAGCAGGCUGGGGCAAAUGGGGAUGUGCUGACAGCUGACGGAAGGACCCCACUGCAUCUUGCAGCCCAGAGAGGGCAGUACCGAGCAGCUCGUAUCCUCUUGGAGUUUAAGAGCACUGUGAAUUGGAAAACCUUGAGCCGCCACACGCCCCUUCACCUGGCAGCCGAGGGUGGGCACACCAGCACUUCCAGGCUUCUUAUCAAGCACGGCGUGGACAUCAACGCAGUGACUGAGGAUGGUUGGACUGCCCUCCACCUGGCAUCCAAUUGCGGUCAUCUCCAGACUGUGAAAAUGUUGGUGGAAGAGCAGGCCAACUCUGAGAUCACUGGUUCCCUCCAGAGAACAGCUCUCCACUUUGCUGCAGAGAAAGGGCACAGUGAAGUGGUCAGGGAGCUUCUCAACUGCACAGAAAAUAUCAUUAACAUCGCGGAUGACGAAGGUCUAACACCUCUGCAUUUGGCAGCCAAAUGUGGACAUCUAAAAUGUAUUGACAUCCUCCUUGCUCAUGGUGCUGAUGUUAAUUUACACAACGCAAAAUUUCAGACACCUUUAAGCCUGGCUGAAGAAUCUGGCAAUGGCUUGGCCAUUGAUGCUCUCCGGUACCUGACAGACUCUGAAAUAGAAAUCUUGUGAGGUGGUGACUGGUGACAACAAGGAAAGGCCUCCAGAACCUGCUGAGUCAUUGCACAAGAUUAACAAAAACUCGAGGAUUGUUUGAACUGAAAACUGUGCGUUUGGUUUUGUUUAAAUCCUCCAAUUUAAUGGAACAGUCCGUUUUGAUGGGCAUGGAUAGAAAAUUACCUGACAGAUUCCCACCAACGUCUCGAUUGUGAAGGAGGUGCUUUGUACUUGGAUUUCAGAGCUUCACAAUAUAGAAUAUGCUUCAGCAUCGUCAAAUCCCUCUACAUUUAAACAUCUGUAUUGUCCUCUUAUGAUAACUGCUUUGAAGACAAUAUUACAUGGUGGAAUAGCUUAAAAAAGCAGAUUUCCAGAACUAUAAAUGUGCAAUUGCUUGACUAUCCUACCUGGGUUCCAUGUUUGUGCCAUAAGAGAUGUUACCUUCAUGUUGGACAAUAAACUUGGCAGAUUCAUUUUUAUUUUGGAAAUCAUUUUUGCAGACAUGAUGGGCUGAAAGGCUUCCUCUUGAGCUGUGUAUUGUGCUAUGACCUUAUUACUGAGGAGGUUGCCUACCCUCUCACCAUUUGAAGCAAAAAUGCAAAACAACAUUUGGGUGACAGCCUUCACACACACUGCAUUGUAAAGGACCUUGAGGGAUUACCUCAACUAUCAUCCUCCAUUAUGCACAUUUGUACUGGUUUUAUUAUUUCUUUGAUGUAGCAUUGUUGUGGUUGACUCAAAUGUGCAGGAACUUGUCUGACUGAGUCUGAAUGCAAUUUGAAUAAGUUCUGUUUCCUUAUACCAUGAGGAAAUUAUUUGUGUGGUAGCAUAAAGGUAAGGAGUGCUUUAUAUUCCUUGGACCAAUUGUUAUGUAACAAGCAAGCUUGUUGUACCUAUCCAUCUUCAGUGAUUUAGACUUGCAUUAUUGCUAGGGGGUCAUGAAUUCAAAUGUCAUAUUUGCCAGUAAUGUAUUAUUAACCUUCAUGUUUGUGCACAAUACAAUUGCAAUUUCCCCUUUUACGUCACAUUCGACAUUUUUGCAUGCAAAGUAAUGCGAUUGUAUAUUUCAUAAGUUAAAAAGAAAAUGAUAUCCAAGUGGAUCUUGGCAAAACAUUACAAGAAUAAAAUGAAUAAUUUUCAUUUCUUCUUGCCACAAUAUUAGUAUAAAAUUGGUCCCAAAAAAUGUUAUACUUUAAAACAAAGAUUACCCACUAUAGACUCUUCAGUUUUAUUUCGUAUUAAUGACCUUUUAAAAGUUUUUUCUUUUAUCUGGGUGAGCAAUGGGGUUGGUAGAUUUUUUUUUUCCCAUCACUCCUCCAAUUCAAAAACCGGGAGCAAAUAACCAAGAACAUUGUGGCGGCUUCUUUCUGCAGUGAUCCUAAUUGGGAAAUGUGGAUGUACAGGUUUAGUUCUGGCUAUGAUGCGCUCAGACAAAUGUUUCUCUGUCCCUUAAUUUACAUUUAAUGACUAGCUACUUGGGGCAAGAUACUGAAACAGCACCAGGAGUCGCAUUGUAUGGAAGAAGGAAAUGCCUCAUUAACAAUGAUUUGCUGUUACCACAAGGAUAAGCGAUCACACUUGCAUCACUUUAAAUUUCCCCAGUGCAGCACAGUGUGUUUAAAAAAAAAAAAAAAAAAAAAAUUUUUAAUCCAAUGUAUAUCCAAAAUUUUAGAUCAUUAGUCGUAUACAUUUUUUUAAAAUCAUGUUUUCUACUGAACUGGAAAUUUGUAAACACCUGCCAAUUUGUAAACUUUCCUCGCCAUUAGUAAUUUACAUGUAGGCUGUUUACACCAAUCUAACUGUUACCUUAAUGGAGCAAAAUACCUUCACCUUUGUAUCGCCUCCCAACCUGCUGGUAGGCAUAGACCCACCUUACAAGCAGAAUAAAACCUUGUGCAUCGCACAGUGUAAUUCUGGUCUCUUGAACUGAUAUUAGGAAGUUGGCCUGUUCCAAAACCUUUUUGGAAAGCCAUCUGUGCCAUUUUAAGUUGAAGUUCAAUCUGAACAUUUCAGCAUCAGCGAUAAUUAGAUGUAUUGUGCAUUAGCAUGAGUAAAUGGAAAGGGACUCUGCUUUUGGUUAAGGCUGAUAGUCUCCUUUUUGGCUGCCACUUAUUUAGAGAACUCUUGCUGCAUGUAGCUAUAAUACAGUAAAGGAAGCACAGGGGCUGAACGUUUCCCAUUGCUCCCUUGCUAGUGUUGAUGGAGGUUAGCUGGCUAGGAAGGGUAUGUUAUUGAGGUGUAAAUAGUGUUUCAACACAUCAGUAUGUGGGCCAUCAUGUAUAACAUUUUAACGUGUCUCAGGUGGUAGCGCUGAUUUUUCAUUUUAAGUUUUCACUUAUCUAAAUUGCUAUGCGAUUAUUGGAAAUAUGUACGCUUUAGUACAUCUCAUAAAAGGCAAUGUUUGCUUUGUCCUUUCAUAGAUUACUGAUCCUUAUUGUAACUAACACUGUAAUUACACUAAUAAUAAAAAAAGACAUUUGUUGUCCAUA